AUGGAUCGGACUUGCUCGACAUGCGAAGUUUCAGGCUGCGAUACUUGUACAAGCGGUCAAACUUGCUCUAAAUGCGCAACAGGGUAUUAUUUGGACUCUAACAGUUGCAAGGCAUGCUCCGGAUUUAAUAAAAAUUGCCAAGAAUGUUCUGGAGCUGGCUUCUGCACCAAUUGUAAAACGGGAUAUGUAGCAUCUGAUUCAGGCACUUGCUUUGCAUCAUCAAUUCCAAAUUGUAAAGUGCUUAAUGCUGAUGGAGUCUCAUGUAAAACUUGUCUGAGCGGGUAUUACGAGAAUAAUGGCUCCUGCGCCCAAAUAGCAUGCACAGGCAUUCAAUACUGGGAUGGUGUCAACAAGCAGUGCACGAUGUGCAGCACAAUUGAUCCAGAUUGCACCAUUUGCACCUCAGAUAAAAAAUGCACUUCAUGUUCAGUUGGAAAAAUAGCUAACGAUGCAGGCUUAUGCUCCACUUCAACUCUUACUCAUUGUUCUUUGGGUAAUAGCACAGAUCCAAAAUAUUGCACGAAAUGCUCAACUGGAUAUAUCUCUGACGGAAUAGGAGGGUGCAUACAGUCUCAACUGCAGCGUUGUAAAGAGGCUUCUAGUGCUACUGUUUGCAAAAUCUGCUCUAGCGGAACUGCUUCCGGCUGUGGCCCUUGCAGCCCAACUAGUGCAGUCCCUGAUUGCGCUUGUGCUUCUCAAGGCGGUUCAGUUUGUACCAGAUGCAAUGAUGGCUAUACUCUUAAGGCAGGCUCAUGCUCUCUAACCAUAGCUUGCUCUUCUAAUUGUGCAGAUUGUUCUUCGAUAGACAUAUGCACUCAAUGCAAUUCAGGAUAUUUCCUUUAUGAUGAAAGUGCGACUAAAACAAGCUGUGUUUGUAAGAUUUAUUUAGCAUGUGCCGAUUCGUGCAAUUUAUGCACUAAUAGUCCUGUUUGUUUUGAGUGUGCUGACUUAGUAGUCCAAGAUGGAAGUUCGUGCAGAGUGGAUAAAGUAGGAUAUCAAUUGAGUUUCGACUCUCCAGAUGCCGUUAUUGAUUUUGCUCACCCACUUUCGAAAACGGUGGGAUUUAAUUCUUUUACAGCUUCUAAAGGUCAAGCUUCUGUUCCUACAGGAGGUUGGAGUAUCAAAUCAUCGACAGUAAGUCAGAUCAAGGUUCAGACUGAUUUGGAUGAAACUAAGCUUCCAAUUGAUAUCACAUUCAGCUUUAAGCAGAAUGAAUCUUAG